AUGCAGAGUAAGCAGGGUCGUGUUCUCAGCUCAAGAGCCAGAACCCAGGAGCUGGUCUUUGUGGAGCUGGAUGAGGAGGAAGUGGUGGACUCCAGUGAGAACGGGGUUCGAGCCCUGGUUUUACCUCUGGCUGACUGUGUGCUCUUGCAAGCCAAUGCUCUGGGCCCCGGUUUCCUCAUCUGUAGAAAGAGGCCAAGAAUAUCUGGACACUAG